GCCACUACACAGGUUAUAGAUCCAUGGAAGCAGCAAAAACCCUUGAUAUGCUCCAGCCGCGAUUUAUCGGGAAUUCAACUCUAACACCCAAACUGUUCAUGAAAUGGAAAAAAACCAGACUUCCAUUUCAUUUCAGUACUAUAAGAGUCAGCAAUUGUAGUUUUCGCUUGGGUCCUAAUCCAUAUGGUGAUUUGCCCGAGUUUAGGAGAGAGAAUACUGCAGUUGACAAGAAAUCACUGCUACAGUGGUCGCCCACAGGAAGGAAAAUCGUAGAGAGUCUGGAGGUCAAGCUGUCAGAUGACAAGAAGAGGGAGCACAUUUUAAUAUCCUUAGCAGAUUUGGAUGCCGAAGAAACGGCAAUAACAAUCCAUCGAGGCCUGGAAGAAACGGGGAGGAAAGAAAAACCCAAGAUCAAGUUCCAAAGGAGUUUCUCACUCACAUCACUACGUGGUGGGAGGGUGGCAUGGGAGAGGAUGCAAUUUGCUCAAGAAGCAAUCCAUGACCCUAAAAUUUUAGCAGAUUCCAAGGAACGGUUCAAGAAACUGUUGGGACAAGCCAACCCUGAUAUGAAGCAAUUACAGAAAGAGGUUUCCAUAUUGGAAAUGAGCGGAGAGGAAGACGAAGCAAUAGAGAUGCUCCAAGAGGCAAUGCAAAGGGCGAAGGAAGAUAAGAAGAAGGAAGGUCCAGAUCUACAACUGGCACAUGAUUUAGAAAUGCUGGUAGUAGAAAUGCUUAUCUACCAGGGAAACUACGACGCCGCAUUGAACUGCAAAUGCUUGGAAGAAGUGGCUAUAAGUGAUGCCCGGCGUCCCCUCUACAUGGCCAUCGUCAAAUUGGUUAAGGGAGAUUACGAUCCUGCUAGGGAGUCUUGGCAAGAAUUCAAGGAAAUGAUGUUGGAUGAAGAAUUCCAAGAAUUUGAAGAUAGUGUUAAAUCGUUGGAACUGCAGAUCAACCAUGCUAGGAAGGAAAAGAUGUGAUGAUGGCAAAAAGACUGCAAUAUUAGGGCCAAAUGAUUUAUAUUAUACUAGUGAAUCAGGGAAUGUUUGAAUUCUAAUAAGGGUAAACAUGUGACUCAUGUUUACUUGUUUUAUUUCUUUAAGUAUAUUUUGUAAUAUCUGAAUUUCGGAGCUUGAGACAUUAAGACAUUUGAUAUCUUCCAUAUAUCGUUUCGAUUGUUAAGACCCUAGAUCCAAGGGUUUGGUUGCUCUACUCAAUUAGAAAAUGCAUUUUAAUA